CCUGACAGACACACCGCUCACAGGGGAGCCUAUAUAAGCUGUGCAGCUGUCAGGUGGAGGACACUGGCUGCUUUGCGCUGGGGGAUCGACUCGCUUUAGGGGACCUAGAUAUUCAUAAAUCCAAACUGAAACAAUGUCUUGGGGAUACGCAGCAAACAACGGACCCGACAAAUGGGCUGAUAACUUCCCUGUUGCCAAUGGACCCCGCCAGUCUCCCAUUGACAUCGUACCUGGUGAAGCAUCAUUCGACGGGGGGCUGAAGCCUCUCAACCUGAAGUACGACCCCUCCACCUGCCUUGAUAUUCUCAACAACGGACAUUCCUUCCAAGUGACCUUCGUAGAUGACUCCAACAGCUCAACUCUGACGGACGGACCGAUCUCAGGGAUCUACAGGCUCAAGCAGUUUCAUUUCCACUGGGGGGCUUCUGACGACAGGGGUUCUGAACACACUGUGGCCGGGACCAAGUAUCCUGCUGAGCUCCAUCUGGUGCACUGGAACACUAAAUACGCCAGUUUCGGUGAGGCUGCUAGCCAGCCCGAUGGGCUCGCUGUUGUUGGAGUCUUCCUGCAGAUUGGUGCUCAAAAUGCCAAUCUCCAGAAGAUCCUGGACAUCUUCGAUGUCAUCAAGAACAAAGGCAAGCAGACCUCUUUCGCUAACUUCGACCCUACUACCUUGCUCCCCUCUUGUCUUGACUACUGGACGUAUGACGGCUCUUUGACCACACCCCCUCUGCUGGAGAGCGUCUCCUGGAUUGUCUGCAAAGAGCCAAUCAGUGUCAGCUCUGAGCAGAUGGCCAAAUUCCGCAGCCUGCUCUUCUCCGCAGAGGGUGAGGCCGAGUGCUGCAUGGUGGACAACUACCGCCCUCCCCAGCCGCUCAAGGGUCGCCCUGUCCGUGCUUCCUUUCAGUAAUACCCCCUCCCCCUCUCUUGCCCUUUCUGCCCUGUUGCCCUCUCCCUUCCCCCUGCUUUUAGCCAAACACCCAGAGUUACCUCUCUAGCAGUGAGCCUCAAAGCACACAUAUCUCUCUCCGUCCAAUUUUUUAAAAUGUAAUUCCUGUGGCCCGUUGCUUUUAAUGCUGGGCAGCCUAAUUGUGAGAUGAAGCACUUGCAGGAUUUGCGUCUCUAUCUCUGUGUAUGCGAUACGCCAGCAAAGAUGCCCUGUCAUCAUUUAUUUCAUAACACAAACACUUCACUGUGGCUGCGACACGCAGAUUUAGCAACUGGUGCCACUGUUUUCAGAGACAAGACACCGGUGUGUGCAGGUUCUUUGCGCCGCCCAACAAACACCACAAGGAUGGAAAAUGAAGAUGAGUUAUAGUCAAAAUGGUGGCGGCAGGAAGCAGAAAGCACGAGCUAGUUGCAGAGGGUAGGGGGAGGAUGGAGCUACAUCGCCAUCUGUGAGGAGGGUAAGGUGCAGAUAAAAAGACGCACACACAGAAACACAGGACACAUGCACUCCCGCUGCCAGUCUGUCUGUAAUCUCUGACCGACUGCCAGCCUCUGCAUCACAGCAGCUUAAUGAUGCGCUGCAGCCGCCCCCAUCACAACCGAUUGGCUCAGAAAAUCCCCCCCUGGCACAUACACACACACACACACAACAUCACACGCACUGUCUCAUGCAGACAUGAUGCCUACAGGCGCUGACCUGCUUAUUGAUUUAAAUUCAGCGUACAGCAACAAAAGGACAUGAGGACAGACUGCUGCUUGCUAGCCUGCCGAACAUCAUGACAACGGCCUUCUUCUCUGCUUUCGCAGCCUAAUCUUCAAGGAAUCAAGCUCAUUCACAACACAGGGUUGCACAAUGGAAGCCGCGAUGUAAAUGUCAGUUGUCAUCCCGUGUUGUGUUUUUAUUAUCAUGGAUUAUGUCUUUUUUUUUUUUUAGCCUGACAGCUUAUGCAAAGUCUUAAGUGAUCCCUAAAUUAUGUUUUGUAACCAAAAGGUCAUCUGUAUUUUUGAUGCCCUGAUAGCAAUAUAGCAAUAGAGAGGAGCGAUCCUUCUUUUCAAAAUGAAAUGUUAUGUGUGAAGAAAAUCCCUUCAUGUGUGGUUUUGAAACCCCAGUAUGUCGAGUGCUAAAGCUUAAAACGCACAAUCGCCUUGCGGGCGAUGCCAUAACGGCUAAUGCACAAAGCCAAGGAAGAAAUUACCCUGCCAACGAAGCCAAGGAAGAAAAUAACCUGCCAACAGAUAUGAUUAUAGCGUCAGACCAUGUCCGGUCCUGAAGACCUGUGGUUUCAGCCCUGUAUGCAUUUCUGAAACAAUAAAUAAGAUUGACAAAAGACAUGUAUUUCCAGAAAGAUUGUAAUUGAGGUAAAAAAGAAAAAGCCUUAUGCCAACCAUUGUUAGGGACGUCCCAUAAGUAUGUGUUGUUCUAUUUUGGAAGUGGGCGUUUUACUAGUUGAAUAAAUAUAUUUUAUGACUAA